UUGUCUUUGUUCAUCUAAUAUGAUUUCUAAUGUUGCAAUCAUUUGAUCAUGUAGAAUAUGGCGUCCGGUGCCGUCCUCGCCCCACGGCACCCACCCGCUCCGUUCGCUGAUCCCCGCCAUCGUCGACUUCAGCUACACCGUCGCCGCGUACGGCUUCGAUGGCCUACCGAGGUAUAUCUUCCCUCCGGCGACGUUUCCAUCGGGCUUGAUGUUCCAGUUGUGGAUGGAGAUGGCGGUGUUCUGGUUCGGGUCGACCCGACCCUGGGCGGUUAUCGUGCCCAGCGGCCCCGCCAUGGGGGGCGGGUCCUCGGGAGGAUGUUGCAGGCUUGGUAGACGACGGCGGCGGCGCGCGUCCCGGCACGGGUCAAAGGAGCACCGGUUGGCGGUGACGAGGACGAGGGGUGGAACGCCGAUGAUGGCAGUGCGGCGCCUGGUCUUGCGGCGGUGGUCUUUGGAGGUAGCUGUUGAACCAAGCCCAUAAAGGCUGCUUCGUGGGGCGAGUAAAGCUAUCAGGGGUGGCUAUCUGUUGCCUAGAAAGAAUCCGUAACGCAGUCAUAGACAGCUCUUUGUACCCUCGAACAAUAAACUAGAGAGGGUUUAGGAUCAGAAGGAGCUUCUCAACAUGGAAUCACCCCAUCCACCAUGAUCUUUGUGCCUUGAACUUGAAGAAACACAAGAGUUGUCUAGUUCAUGCACUUUUAAGAUCCAAGCUGGGUGGACAAAGAUACCCAUUAAACAAGUCUCAACUCCAAUGCAGCAUUAACAACAAGUUGCUUACAUUAAUGCAGAGUGCAAUUGAUUACUCUCUGAAGCAUGUACUCACAGAGCAUUGAUGCCAUGGUAGAAGUGGAUGCAGGGGUGCAGGAGGAGGGCAGCAGACAGAGAAUACAACAAGCUUGGUGCUUGUGGCUUGUGAACCAUAUCAGAAGAAGACCAAACAAGAAACUUCCCAAGGAUUCAAAGUAUUCAUCUCGCUGACAACACAGUAGAAAGCUCGCCUUUUAUGUUCUUCCCCAAAGCUUCCUCUUCCAUGUAAGCUCUCUUCUACUUGCCCACUAGGAAUGCAACUGUUGUGACAGUCAAAGAAAAGGCCACUUGGCUCCCAAUUCUGCUGCAGCUGCUCUGUUGUCAUCUGUAAAAGUCUGACAAUUUUCACAAGAGUAAAAAAUAAGAUAGGAGGGAGAUUGGUAGAAAGGAAGUGGGCCUUUCUUUUCCCCUGAAAGAUGAUUCAGCUUAGUAAGGCAAGUGAAGAAGAUGGAGACUCUUCUAGCCUCCCUUCAGUGGAUCACAAAGCUUCGACACAAGUGCAAGUUUCCUCUCUUGUUUUCCCAGUCACCAUGAGGGAUUCACUGGAAAGUGGCUCGAGCUUCUACUGCACCAACAAGCAGAAUCCAUUAGCAGACCACUUGUCUGCAAAGACCUGUUCCACGACCACGGAGAACAUGGGUGAUAACAGAGGCCUCUUCGAGGCCUCAGUUAGGAGAAGAAGAGAGGGUCUUAGCGCAGUCACACGGAGGAGGCUGGAGACUCCGACGACUCCUGGCAGGCCAGUGUUCAGCUUCAGUCCUGGGCACCUCCCCAGGAAGGGCGUCCCCUCCAAGUGGGAUGAUGCUGAGAAGUGGCUGAUCAGUAGCCAUUGCCAUGAAUCACCUGCUCAUGUGAAAGUAGCAGUCGAGGCAUCGAAGUUCUCUAGGCAAAAUGGUGUCAUCCAAGAGAACGGUGAUGCUUUCGUUGGGAAGCUGCUGAGGGUUGCUCAGGAGAAAGCUCCAAGCUCACCUAAUCCAGCUUCUAAUGGGCCAGCCAUGAAUCCCGAGACAAAUGUAGCUUUCAGUGGAGCCUCAUCGGAAGUACUUCUCAAAGACAAGUUUACAGAAAAUGUGGAAUCAGUCUACCCCAACUAUGGGUACUCCGAGAUCACCAAGGAAGGAUUUUUGUUCAAGAGUUCAUACUUCGAACCCAUGAAAGAUUCGACAACAGCACUAGUAGCUGAGAUCGAACGCAGAGAUAUCGGCACUGAAAUGACUCCUUUAGGCAGCUCCACAGCAACGAGAUGCCACACUCCCGUCAAGAUCACUUCACCUGCAAGGCACAACACUCCAGCUGACAGGUCUGGCCCUUUGGUUCCUCACAGCACCGGCAUUGACAUUUCUGAGCUCACAGACUGUCACUUCGCCAAGCUCGAGCUUAGUGCUCAGUAUGAUUCAUUUGUUUCCAACUGGAGCUCAAGGGAAGAGGAAGACGAGGAGGUGUCAAAGAGCUUGAGGCAUUUGGAGAUAAGUGGUGGAAGGAAGAGUUCUGCUAAAUCCAGAGCUUCUGCAUGGGAAGAAGGGCAGAGAACUAAGAGUUGUGUCAGAUAUCAGAGAGAAGAAGCAAAAAUUCAAGCUUGGGUAAACCUUCAGAGUGCUAAAGCUGAAGCCCAGUCCAGAAAGCUGGAGGUGAAGAUACAGAAGAUGAGAUCUGACUUAGAAGAGAAACUGAUGAAGAGGAUGGCAAUUGUUCAUCGAAGGGCUGAGGAAUGGAGAGCAGCAGCCCAGCUGCAGCAUUCACAGCAGUUGCAGAGACUAUCUUUGCAGGCACAGAAGAUGAAGAGCCAGCAGCAGAGCACUCGCUUAUCUGGAGAAACAGCUUGCGGCUGUUUCCCUUGCAACCACCACCUCUAAAUACAAAACAGAGCAAAGGACAUCUCUCUUCCCACAAGAAACCCGGAUAGAUCGAGAGCAACUCAUGUAACGAAUGCUAACUUGGUGGAUUCAGAUGAGUUGCCUGAGCACAAACGAAGUAUCGUGGAGAGAACAUGAGGCCUCUAGCAAGUGUAAUAUUCAAUUUCCUGACAACUACAAUGCCUUCAUUAGCCAAAAACCAUUAGAAGAUUUCACUGAGAUGAAAGGAAAGGGUUCAUAUUUUCCAGCA